GCCAUUGGUUGAAAAUAAGCUCUUGAUAGUACGUAAACGCUCUGAUAAGACGGCUUUUAUAUAGUUUAUCCGCAAGCGCCAAUCCUCAUUUAGUGCAGUGUGCUUGACCGGAGCACAUCGGAGUCGCACCUACUUUUAUUACUCAGUACAAACUAACAACUAAAUCAAAAUGUGCGACGAGGAAGUAGCUGCGUUGGUAGUGGACAAUGGCUCCGGCAUGUGCAAGGCUGGGUUCGCAGGAGACGACGCGCCGCGCGCCGUGUUCCCCUCGAUCGUGGGCCGGCCGCGCCACCAGGGCGUCAUGGUCGGUAUGGGCCAGAAGGACUCGUACGUCGGCGACGAGGCGCAGAGCAAGAGAGGUAUCCUCACGCUCAAGUACCCCAUCGAGCACGGCAUCGUCACCAACUGGGACGAUAUGGAGAAGAUCUGGCACCACACCUUCUACAAUGAGCUGCGUGUGGCGCCCGAGGAGCACCCCGUGCUGCUCACCGAGGCUCCCCUCAACCCUAAGGCCAACAGGGAGAAGAUGACCCAGAUCAUGUUCGAAACGUUCAACACCCCCGCCAUGUAUGUGGCCAUCCAGGCUGUGCUGUCGCUGUACGCGUCCGGUCGUACCACUGGCAUCGUGCUGGAUUCCGGUGACGGUGUCUCGCACACGGUGCCCAUCUAUGAGGGCUACGCGCUGCCGCACGCCAUCCUGCGUCUGGACUUGGCCGGCCGUGACCUCACCGACUACCUCAUGAAGAUCCUCACGGAGCGUGGCUACUCAUUCACCACCACUGCCGAGCGUGAGAUCGUGCGCGACAUCAAGGAGAAGCUCUGCUACGUCGCGCUCGACUUCGAGCAGGAGAUGGCCACCGCCGCCUCCAGCAGCUCGCUCGAGAAGUCGUACGAGCUUCCCGACGGCCAGGUCAUCACCAUCGGAAAUGAGCGAUUCCGUUGCCCUGAGGCUCUCUUCCAGCCCUCAUUCUUGGGUAUGGAAGCCAAUGGCAUCCAUGAGACCACUUACAACUCGAUCAUGAAGUGCGACGUUGACAUCCGUAAGGACCUGUACGCCAACACAGUCCUCUCCGGAGGUACCACCAUGUACCCCGGCAUCGCCGACCGCAUGCAGAAGGAAAUCACAGCCCUCGCACCCUCCACAAUGAAGAUCAAGAUCAUCGCGCCCCCAGAGAGGAAGUACUCCGUAUGGAUCGGCGGCUCGAUCCUCGCCUCCCUCUCGACCUUCCAGCAGAUGUGGAUCUCGAAACAGGAGUACGACGAGUCCGGCCCCUCGAUUGUGCACAGGAAGUGCUUCUAAGCGCCCGCGUGAGACUAUACAUUGUUGAUGAUGCCCUACAACAAGCCCCAUUUCGGGCGGCUCAAAUUACGCUUGUGAUCUAUUAUUUAAGUGCAGUAUUUAAAUAGGUUGUAAGGUAUCGUAAUAUGCAUAUUACGUAAAAUCCAACGAAUCGUUAUUGAUUCAGUUUUUGACAAAGAUUUUUUAAUUUAUUGUUACUAACCAACGUUUGUAAUAAAAGAUAAUUUAUAUACCGGUAUAAA